ACUCACAGAUCUUCGUCGGUAGCGGAUGAAGCAACUGCCAGCGAAUCAUUUGUUGCGGGUUCACUUUUUGCUUGGGUCGCAUGCAGACCUUGCGAAACAGCUCUCGGGUCAUUGGAUUACAGUUAAAAGAAGCGGAUAGGAAAGUGGCAAUUUUUGAUUUUCAAACACCGAACGCGCUCUCGCCAGGGUGGUCUUCUCUUCCUAUGAAACGACCACUGUGGCAGGGUUCUCCAAGAGCGUCAGUGUCAAGCACAGAAGCUGUGGACCAUAAAAAAGGAUGCCCUUGGACAACGUGAAUCCUCUACCUGACUUCUAAACUUGUUGCAUUUGCUCUAGAAAACCUCCGAGUGCGCGUUUCGGAUACCUAUUUGUGCGUAACGGCGGAACAGCUAUUCAAAGUGGACUAUAACUGAUGAGCUGUGUGUAAAAACCUGCACUUUUGCAUCAGCAUCCAUUUAUGAGGAGAUGUCCUUUCUGCGCGCGGCGGAUUUGUGAGCGCAAAACCUGCUUCAGUCGCACCGGGUCACGCACGUUGGGUCAGCAUGGCAGCCGGAGUCGCCGCGUGGCUACCGUUCGCGCGCGCCGCGGCCAUAGGAUGGAUGCCCGUGGCGAGCGCCCCUAUGCCGCCGCCUCCACGGGACAAGAGGCGAGGUCAGGACGGUCUGAUCAUCUUGAAUGUCAGCGGCACUAGGUUUCAAACUUGGCGGAAUACUUUGGAGAGGUACCCCGACACCUUACUGGGAAGCACAGAGCGCGACUUCUUCUUCCACGAGGAGACCAACGAGUACUUUUUCGACCGCGACCCGGACAUUUUUAGGCACAUCCUCAACUUCUACCGAACCGGGAAGCUGCACUACCCUCGCCACGAGUGCAUCUCCGCCUAUGACGAGGAGCUGGCCUUCUUCGGCAUCAUUCCUGAGAUAAUAGGGGACUGCUGUUAUGAGGAGUACAAAGAUCGCAGGAGGGAGAACGUGGAGAGGAUUCAAGACGAUGAGGAGAACGACAACAACAAAGAUAUGGUUCUGCCGGAUAUGUCGUUCCGCGAGACCAUGUGGCGCGCGUUUGAGAACCCGCACACCAGCACCAUGGCGCUGGUGUUUUAUUACGUCACGGGCUUUUUCAUCGCCGUCUCCGUUAUGGCCAACGUGGUGGAGACGGUCCCGUGCGGCAGCGGGCCAAACCGGGCGAAGGAGGUCUCGUGCGGAGAGCGCUACGUCCUCGCGUUCUUUUGUUUGGAUACGGCCUGCGUCAUGAUCUUCACCGUCGAGUACCUGCUGCGUCUGAUCGCCGCGCCCAGCAGGUACAAGUUCGUCAAAAGCGUCAUGAGCAUCAUUGACGUGGUGGCCAUCAUGCCUUACUACAUCGGCCUGGUCAUGACGGACAACGAGGACGUGAGCGGGGCCUUCGUUACCCUCAGGGUCUUCAGGGUCUUUCGGAUUUUCAAAUUUUCGCGGCACUCCGCGGGACUGCGCAUCCUGGGGUACACGCUCAAGAGCUGCGCGUCCGAGCUGGGCUUCCUGCUCUUCUCUCUCACCAUGGCCAUCAUCAUCUUCGCCACCGUCAUGUUCUACGCAGAGAAGGGCUCCUCCGCCAGCAAGUUCACCAGCAUUCCGGCGGCGUUCUGGUACACCAUCGUCACCAUGACAACGCUGGGAUAUGGAGAUAUGGUUCCUAAGACCAUCAUAGGGAAGGUCGUUGGCUCUGUUUGUUCUCUGAGUGGCGUGUUGGUGAUCGCUCUUCCCGUCCCCGUCAUUGUGUCCAAUUUCAGUCGGAUCUACCAUCAAAGUCAGCGCGCAGAGAAGCGACGAGCCCAAAAGAAAACCAGGCUUGCUAGAAUUCAUGCGGCGAAGAGCGGUGGCGCUAACGCUUAUUUGCAGUACAAACGAAAUGGGAUGCUGGCGGAAGCGGAGGAGGAGGCAUCAAAACAGACCGGCCAGGCUUUGGUAUGUAAGUCCAACCCCACUUUUGAGACCCAGCAUCACCAUCUUCUGCACUGCUUGGAGAAAACCACGAAUCAUGAGUUUGUAGAUGAGCAAACUUAUGAGACAAGCUGUAUGGAGGUUUCCCUAGCGAAGCCGUCCAUGUCCCGUUCCUCCUCGCUGUCCUCCUCUCCACACGGCCUGUCCUCCUGCUGCACACGCAGAAACAAGCGCAAGAGCUUCAAUGUCCCCAAUUCAUACAUGGCUGACGGCCGCAGGAGCAGCAUACAGGAGCUCAGCACCAUCCAGAUCAGAGAGAGACCAAUGAGCAACAGCCGCUCCUGUCUCAAUGCCAAGUUUGAGGAGACAGUACACCUGAAUUCGGAAGAGCAGUCCUACAUCACUGCCGCUGUCAUCAGCAUGCCCACCCCACCCGUGACCACGCCUGAGGGCGGAGACUCGGCCAGCUCGCCCAACUUCUUGCAAAGCAACAUUGUCCGGGUGUCGGCAUUAUAGACCGUCCGUCGUGACCAUUAGCCAUUUUAUUUAGCGAGUGGACGCUGGAGCGGAAAGGAUCGAUGGAACCCCCUAGUGUAGUGGAGGAGGCAUUGCAGCAGG